AUGGCACCCCAAUCCGGAAAUGAGAUUUCGGCCAAGACCUCCGAUGGUCGCAUGGUCCCAGUGAACGAUGGAAUCGUGCCGCUGGAGCCAGGUAUUCGGAAGAGCAUCGCAGAGAACGCAAUGCCCAAGUUUCCAGGACCUCCGACAUUCGAGGACAAGUUCAAAGAGCGCGAGUAUUUGAAAGGUAGACUUGCCGCAGCAUGGCGUAUCUUUGGCAAGUUCGGAUUUGACGAGGGCGUCGCUGGUCAUAUCACCCUCCGAGACCCAGUCGAUCCGGAUUGCUUCUGGGUAAAUCCCUUCGGGGUGGCGUUUUCUCUUAUGAAGAAAUCCGACCUGAUCCUUGUUAACCACGCCGGCGAGGUUUUCGACGGCGGAGAGUGCCGGCUACUUAAUACCGCCGCGUUUAUGAUCCACUCGGCAAUCCACGCUGCUCGGCCAGAUGUUAUUUGUGCGGCGCACAGCCACUCCAUCUACGGACGGACGUGGUGCUCGUUAGGACGGGAGAUCGAUACCCUUACCCAAGACUCGUGCGCGUUCUAUAACGACCACGUAGUCUUUGACAGUUUCAACGGCGUAGUGCUUGCCGAGAAGGAGGGAAAGGACAUUGCUCAGUGUCUGGGAAAUAAAAAGGCCGGGCUACUACAAAAUCAUGGGCUACUUACCGUUGGUAAAAGCGUUGAAGAGACCAUCUUCUGGUUCGUGUCGCUGGAAAAAUGCUGCCAGUCGCAAUUAAUGGCCGAAGCAGCGGCAUUACCAGGCGAGAGACCCAUCAAGAUUGGUGAUGAGGAGGCUGCUUACACUUACCGUACGGUCGGCAGCACACUCGCGGGCUGGUUCAGCGGGAAACCGCUGUUCGAUUUCAUUCACCGGGAGACCAAUGGCGAUUAUCUACAAUAG